ACCAAAUCAAUUCCAUUUUCAAGAGGCACAAAUUGAAAUCGCCAAACGCCCCCUCCUCUCGGGUCAAAUCAGCCACACCGGUUGACCAACGGUAGCUAGAAUAGCCGCCCUUCGCCACUGCAACCUCCGUCGUUCGCCGCCGGAGACCCCACAAAUGAUCGCUCUCCCCCGCUAUGGCCAUCAAAUCGGUGAGGAGAAAAUCGAAUAGGCGCUCGUCGAGCUGGAACCACACCGAUCUUCGCGAGAGUACGAUGGUCCCUUAUGCGACGUCGUGUCUAUCGAGUCCAAGAAUGAUACCUUUGCUGGUUUCAGCUGUCCUCUUUGUGUGCGUUUUGAUCCUCUCGAACAGGUGGCCGAACAUGGGCGGCUCGGUUGGUUUGGACAGUACCGUCGGCUACGGAAUUUACAGUGCUAAGGUUGUGAACGAGUUUCCCCACGAUCCAAAUGCGUUCACUCAGGGGCUUUUGUAUGCAGGAAAUGAUUCGCUUUUUGAAUCUACAGGACUUAAUGGGCAUUCCUCAGUGCGAAGAGUUGCUAUUGGAUCAGGGAAGGUACUGAGUAUUCACAAAAUGCCAGAUUCUUACUUUGGGGAGGGUUUGACUCUUUUAGGUGACAGAAUAAGGCUGUUACCUAUACUUAGGGCUUUUCACAUCAUGUCCGUCAAUGUUGGAGUGGUUGAUUUUGAUGAAUUCCUAUUUCAGUGGGCUCAGAAUAUUAUGACAUUUAAACAUCACAUGAAAGAUGGGUGGGGCCUAGCAACCGAUGGGAAAGUUUUAUUUGGAAGCGACGGGAGUUCAACCUUGUACGAGAUGGACCCUCAGACGUUCAAAGUUGUCAAAAAACAUAUCAUCAUGUUCAAAGGGCAUGAGGUGUACAACCUGAAUGAACUGGAGUAUGUGAACGGUGAAAUAUGGGCAAAUGUUUGGCAGACUGACUGCAUUGCCAGAAUAUCGGGUAAAGGUGGCAUAUUCUUGGGAUGGAUAUACCUUCCGGAUCUGAGGAAACAACUAAUAGAAUCUGGACACACGGAUAUUGACGUUCUUAAUGGCAUAGCAUGGGAUCAGGAUAAGGACCGUCUUUUUGUGACCGGAAAGUUGUGGCCGAAGCUGUAUGAGAUUAAGGUUCAGCCAAUGAAAAAACCAUAUGGAGUUGAUAUUGAGAGACUCUGCAUGAGGCCUCCAGUGCAUUUUGGAAAAACAUAGAACAAAAUGGUUUGCGAUUGUAUUUUUCUCUUUGUAUUCAAGGCAUAAUUCUAUUUGUAAAUUAUACCUCACAAAUAUUGUUAAGUUGUUCUACUUUUAAUGUAACAAAAUGGACUAUGCUAAUUACCUUGUUUAACGUUAAGCUCUUAAUUACACG